AUGGCCGACCCCGUCACCUCCUCCGCUCACCUCCAGCUCCUGUCGGAUUUGACCCCGCCCUCCCUCGAACGCACCUGGUUGACGGCGCCACACCCGCGUCUCCCCAUCGUUGCAACCUGCAGCUCCGACAAGACCGUGCGCGUCUACUCGCUGACCAACUUCCGGCUCCUCUCGACCAUCGUCGGCGGUCACAAGCGCAGCGUUCGCACCGCCGCCUGGAAGCCGCACGCCCAGGGCGAAAGCGUGCUCGCCACGGGCAGUUUCGAUGCCACAGCCGGCAUCUGGCGUCGAUGGGACAGUUACGGACAGGCAACCGACGGGUGGGGCCUGGGUCAACGAGACCAGGCCACCAAUAACCAUGACCGCGCUGAAUCCGAAGCCGACGAGCAGGAUAUUCUCCGCCGCGACGCAAGCAACGCAGCAGAAGACGACGACGAUGAAUGGCGAUUCGCAGUCCUCUUGGACGGACACGAUAGUGAGGUGAAGUCCGUAGCAUGGUCACCGUCGGGGAUGCUCCUGGCAACGUGUUCUCGGGACAAGUCGAUCUGGAUCUGGGAGGAUCUAGAUGACGGCGACAACAAUUUUGAGACGGUGGCGGUGAUGCAGGAGCACGAGGGGGACGUGAAGUGUGUGUCGUGGCAUCCUGUCGAGGAGUGUUUGGCGAGUGCGAGCUACGACGAUACGAUUCGCAUCUGGCGCGAGGACCUGGAUGAUUGGGGCCAGGUUGCGUGUUUGCGGGGCCACGCGGGCACGGUCUGGUUUGUGGAUUGGGAAGCGGUUGACAAUGUUCCGGCGGGGUUGGUGGAGGAGACGGAGAAGGAGGCCUGGAGAGAGGCGGGACAGCGUGCCUUGUCUGGACCGCGUCUGGUGUCAUGCUCGGAUGAUCGGACUGUCCGUGUCUGGCGCCGACAGCCUAAGGAACAGGCUCCGGUGGCGGGGACGGCGAUGCCGAGUAUCAUUCGGCCGACGGGGAUGGAUGAGACGUGGGAGGAGGAGGCGGUGCUUCCGGCGGUGCAUGAUCUCGCGGUGUAUGCGGUGGCUUGGAGUAAGACGGGGCUGCUGGCGUCCGUGGGUGCCGAUGGUCGUAUCGUGCUCUAUGAGGAGCGGUUGGUGGACGUCGCCUCGCCGCAGCCGAUGGAUACAGAACCGCCGUCGUCGGCGCCGGCUGUCGCGCGGACAGAGUGGGUGAUCCUCGCUGCGUUGACGGGGGCGCAUGGCAUCUACGAAAUCAACCAUGCGGCGUGGGCGAAGCGCGCUGAUCGCGGGCGGGACGAGAGUAAGGAAGAGGAGGUGCUCAUCACCACGGCCGAUGAUGGGAGUGUCAAGGUUUGGACGGUCGAACGGUGA